UCACGCCCGGUGUGGCAGGCGUGUGGAGAUUAUAGAGAGGACCCAAAAGGCGGCAGCUCUGGUGCAGUGCUUCUGUGGGAAAUCAUAUCAUGACAAAGCAGAAUCUGCAGAAUAAAGGGAGGAGACGCAGCAGAUGCUUUCAGACCUGAAUCAGCACUCCAGCUGACACUGAGCAGAGUCAACUUCCUCCAUCAUCAUCUUCAUGAUCACCAUGAAGAUGCUUGCUGUGUCACUUACACUCUGCACUGUCCUGGCGAUAAGCCAAGCCGCUCCGAUCGACUCCACCGUGUCCUGGGAUAAAGGCCACUGUUACUAUGAAAGAAUGAAUUGCUCAAACCGCAUUGGAUCAUUCUGCCCUAUGUGUGAUGGCGAUGGAAACUUCCUUCCAAGGCAGUGCUGGGGGUCUACCGGGUACUGUUGGUGCGUUGACAUCAUGACUGGAAAGAAGAUACAGAAUACAACAACACCACCUGGUACCCCACCUGUUAACUGCAUGAUAGGGGACUGCCCCGACGGCUGGUCUCGAUUUGGUGACCGGUGUUUCAACUAUAUCAGCACCCCAAAGACAUGGACUGAAGCUCAGAUUUUUUGUCAGUUCGAUGGCGGCAACCUGGCAUCCAUUCACAGUUAUGAGGAAAACCACUUUGUCCAGUCUUUGACCAGAGGGGACACCGACAACUUCCCAGAAACCUGGGCUGGAGCCACUAGCGCCGUCCAUCCUGGUUUUUGGAUGUGGAUUGAUGGCUCCAAGUUUUACUAUGAAGACUGGUGCGAUGAUGACAAUCAUGAUGAUACGAGUGAAGAAGACAGCCAUGACAAUACAACUGAAGAAAACAGCCAUGACGACACAACUGAAGAAGACAGCCAUGGUAAAUCCAGGAAGAAGCGCAGCCAUGAUGAUACAAGUGAGCAGGACAGCCAUGACAAUACAAGUGAAGAAGACAGCCAUGGCAAAUCUAGGAAGAAGCACAGCCAUGACGAUACAAGUGAGGAAGACAGCCAUGAUGACACAAGUGGGGAAGACAGACAUGGUAAAUCCAGGAAGAAGCACAGCCACGGCAAAUCCAGUAAGAAGGACAGUCAUGACGAUACAAGUGAGGAAGACAGCCAUGAUGAUACAAGUGAAGAAGACAGCCAUGGUAAAUCCAGGAAGAAGCACAGCCAUGGCAAAUCCAGUAAGAACGACAGUCAUGACGAUACAAGUGAGGAAGACAGACAUGAUGAUACAAGUGAGGAAGACAGCCAUGGUAAAUCCAGUAAGAAGGACAGUCAUGACGAUACAAGUGAGCAGGACAGUGAAGAUGACGAUGAUGACGACCAUGACACCAAGAAGACAGCUAGCAUCUGCUUGAAGAUAAAUUGCCAUUAUAAUAUGAAGUGGUGCAGUGCAACCUGCAAUGACGCCUUCCCCUUUGUUUGUUCGAAAAGGAUCUGAACUCAGACCAGGUGAUGAAAAAACCAAGAGUCUUGACUAUACGCACUACACGCGACAGCCCCACAAAAUCUGUUUCUUACUGUUUUUGGUUUUGUUUUAUGUUUUUAAAUGCAAUCAAUAGGUAUUAAACACAUCUUUUAGGGGUAAUUUUUGUUGUUCAACUAGUUGUUUACUGAAUUUGGUUCAGUUCUAGAUAUAAAUCCAAAUCAUUUGUGCAUGUGAACUUGGAUCGUAUUCUUCAUAAUCUUUUUUUGUAUAAUCAAGCAUGCUUCAAUUAAUGUAAUUAUAUUUAAAAAAAAUAAAUAAAAACAAAGCAA